AUGCCCUCCUCAGCAAAGCGCUCCCAGCGCACCCGUCGUGACACCCGUCGCGACACAUCCCCCGCAAGAGUAGAUGACAGUUCGCCUACAAGACCGGCAAAACGCCGCAAGAAGAUCGAGGAACCACCGCCGACCGAACCCGCCGAAGAGGACGAAUCAAGUCUCACUGCCGACCAGUCUGGCCAUCCCGCCAGUGAUGACAAUGAUCAGCUUCUUUCCGCGGUUGUCCAGUAUCUGGUCUAUCCCAAAGAGGGCCCUGUUCAGGCCAGCAAAGACCAUGCGAAUUCCAUACAUGAAGCCAACAAAAACGGCGUCCAGGCUUACGCCAAAAUAGCUGCGCAGGACUGGACCUUUUACAUCACAAAACUCGUCGUCAACAUCGGCCGCUUAGCCGAAGGUGUCGAUGAGGAUGACGAGGACUUCAUUCACAUUGAUCUCGGUCCCAGCAAAAUGGUUUCCAGGCAGCAUGCUCGCAUCAACUUCAGCUCCAAGGAAGAGAAGUGGUACCUUGAGGUUAAGGGGAGAAAUGGAGUCAGAGUGAAUGGGAACCCCCUGAAAGCAGGAGGUUCACGACGCCUAGAAAGCGGCGACGUUCUCGACAUUGGAAACACAGAGAUGAUGUUCGUCUUGCCAACCGAGAUCAGCUCCCUUCACAUUCAACCCCAGUACCUCAGGAGAGCCGGCUUAUCACCACAGGACGCCACGAGCCCUCCUCAGCCCAGGACAGACCUACCGGACGAACCUUCAUCGGCGUUGGGCUCAACGAUCAGGAGUUCGCGGGGUCAGCAGUUUCGUCAACCUAUUGCUCCUGCUCCUGUGGACUACAAGCGCCCAGGAACCCCUCCCUCGGUUCGCGGGAAACCUACCCCAUCACAACACAAGUCGCCGCAUUACUCGAGUUCCGGCACUCUUGUCCUGAAUUCGAAUGAUAUCGAUCUGAGCCACGACGAUAACAAGCAUAUCAAACCUCAAUACAGCUACGCGCAGAUGAUUACUCAAGCUAUCAUUAAGACGCCCGAAGGAAAGCUCAAUUUGAACGGAAUUUACAACUUCAUCAUGAACAACUAUGCUUACUACAGACAUCAGCAAGCCGCUGGGUGGCAGAAUUCUAUUCGUCACAAUCUCUCGUUGAACAAGGCUUUCGACAAGGUUGCGAGGUCUACAGACGAGCCAGGCAAGGGUAUGAAAUGGCAGAUUGUCCCAGAGGCGCGAGAGGAAAUGGCACGCAGUGCGUACAAGGGUGGCCGCGGCGGUCACAGGGGAUCCUCAGCUCCGUCGUCACCGAGCCAGCUAAAUUAUAUCACUCACGGCCCGAGGGAUGUAAAUGCCAGAGAACCUGUCUCCGCUCGGAAGAGAAAGGUUUCCGCCACAGGAUCACCGCCUCCUACUUCUUCUCUCGCCGUUGCGCAAUCCACGCCAGACCGCAGCACCCGUCGUCUUGCACCCCCGAGCACAGCGUUGACUGCAGAUGGUAGCCCUUUGCCGCGGCCGCGGAAGGGCACGUCAACGUCAGCGAGCUUCACGUCGACGAGUUACAAUGCGGAGUCGCCGACCUUGACAUCAUCCUAUCUUCCGGAGGAAGGGGCAUCUUUUGUGACGCCAGCACCUCACCGCGUUCACCCCAGGCUCGCACCACCAAGCACUGCGCAGCGCCCCAGUCAGCAUAUGCCAACUAGCUCACCAGCCCCGUUCUGGAAGUAUGCCGAUAUUGGCAGCACUCCAUUGAAGCCCGCAGCCCACUUCGACAUGAGUCCCUCCAAACCUUCCUUGGGCGACAUACCUCAGAGCAGCAGUCCACCUCCUGCCAAGUCUCCCAAUCUCAGCCCCACAAGAUCGCAAAACAAGGAAUAUUCUCGAGAGGCACCAAGCGAGCCGUCAAAUCCAUCUGAGAUCGAAGAGGAGCAAGGUUUCGAUCUGGCAAAGUAA